UCGCGAGCUCCAAUAAAUAAAAUCCAUCAGCCUUACCCUUGAUGUUAGACAUGGACGGCUGUGAUUGAAUGAUAAGCCUUUUAAAGCAUCGAUCAUCUAUGGGCUAGUUACAUAUUAUUGCAUAGUCAUAUUUGUUUAGCAUCUUAGUUUUUAGAUUUAAAAAAUCUAUAUUAGAAUCCUCAUAAUUAUAAAAGUAAGGCAUAUAGAGUUAUUUAUUCUAACAUCAUUGGUUUAAUUAAUAAAAAUAUAAAAAUAAUAGGUAAAAAAUAAUUUUAACGUUUCAAUUAGUGAUGGUAGUAAACAGUGAUGCUAUUGGGGGUUGCAAGUAGUUGCUAUGGAUAAGAUGUACUUGUAUCGAUGUCGACGCAGUUGUUGAAUAAUCCUUUCCUCAUACAUUUGUAUCGAUGAGCAAUGAAAAGGUCACUCGACAUUUUCAUUUGCGUCGACGUAAUCAUUGAGCGGUGUCGCUUUGCAUCUACGUUAACAUCGAUGCAAAUGUUGAGUGGUCCCUUUGUUGCUCAACAAUUACGUUAAUAUCGACGUAGUGAGCAAUCCUUUAAUUGCUCUGUAUCUGUGUUGAUGUUGACACAAUUAUCGAGUAGUGAAAGGAUUACUCAGUUGUCAAUUGUAUCAACACUAACGCAUAUGCAAAGUGAUGAAAAGAUUACUUAGCAAUUGUAUCGACGUUGACACAAUUAUCGAAUGGUGUUAUUUUACGUCAGCGUUGACACAGUUGUCAAGCAGUGAAAGGGUCGCUCAUUGUAUUGGCAUCGAUGCAAUUGUUAAGCGACGAAAGGGCUCUUAGGCAUUUGUAUUAACGCCGAUACAAAUGCAUAGUGAAGUCGUUAUUACAUCGACGUAAUUGCUAAGUGACUCUUUUAUUGCUCGGCAAUUACGUCGACACUGACGAGUAGCCCUCACCUCUCACCGUCGCUCUUCUCAUCCAUAAUAGUCACCCACGACUUCUAACAAUAUUGUAAUCUACCAUCUCGAACCGGUAAAGGGUAACAUGUGAUUAAUUAGCGACAUUUUGCUCGUUGCUUAACCGGGCUUAAAUCUCGCGACAAUUUAUUUAGAUUUAGGAUUUUGGCUGUCAGUCACGUACGCCUUCUCGUUGUUCCCUUUUGGUUGGCAUCGGCGGCGGCUUCUGUAGCCAUGACGUCGCUGCGGUCCGCCGUGGCCACCUCUCUCCCGCCGAUCCGCGCGGCGAUCUCCCGGAUGAAGCAGGAUAUGAUGCGGCGGGAACUGGAGAACUGCCACCUCCUAGCCGGGAUCUGGUGCCAUGGCCUCACGGUGCGCCAGCUGCAGGCCCUCCGGGGAGCGCUCCCACCCGCGGCCAAGCUGGUCAUGGCCAAGAACACGCUGCUUGAGAAGGCCAUUGCCGGUACCCGGUGGGAAUCCCUCCGGCCCUGCGCCAAGGGCAUGAACGCCUGGCUCUUCGUCCACUCCGACGAGAUCCCCCCGGCUCUCAAGCCCUGCCGCGACUUCCAGCGUGAUUUCAAGCUCGCCCUCAAUGACUUCACCGGCGCCGUCUUCGAGGGCCGCCUCUACGGGCCCGACAACUUCCUGGCCCUGGAGACCAUGCCCACGCGGAUGGAGUCGUACGCCUACCUCCUUGGCUGCCUGCAGACGCCCGCCGUGUCCCUUCUCAGCAUCUUGCAGGCUCCCGAGGGGGAUGCCGAUCAGGCUGCAGAAGGAGCCGCUGCCACCUCCGAGAAAUAGAAGCUCGACGGUUGUCGUUAUGGUCCAGUUGUUCUUUAUUUAGGUCACCAGUAUAGUUUCUUUAAUUGGCCUAAUAAUUAUAGAAGUUAAUGGUCUGAUGUACCACGUGUGCCCUGUUUCAUGAACUCACUCAUGGAUCUACUAGAAACCUUGGUCAUGAAGUGGAAAAGUGGUAUUUCCACUUUUCCACUUCAUAUGAAUGUGACCACAAGUGAUGGUAAAUUUACAUUUCCGAAGUUUUGGCUAAUGUGCAAGAGUAGAAAGGAUCCAAAUGCAGAAUUCUCCUGCAACCUCUCUGAUGCAGCUUAGGGGAAGGAUGGUUAAAACCUGUUUUGUUCAGAAGUUGCAUCAGGGUUAAGCUCAUCAAUCAAUAAGGCAAAAAAAAGAGUUCAUCAAUGGAUAUACUGAUGAAACUUUGAGGUCAAGUUGAAUGUGGUUCCACUUUUCUGUUCUUUAUUUGUGAAAUCUGUUCAGCUGGGUGAUGAUUAUGCCGAAAAAUCUGACUAUGGCAAUACUUCAACAUCACUCGAAUUAAUGUAAUUUUGCAUGGUAUUCAGAAUGUGUUCAUCUACUUAUUAGUUUAGUUGUUUUGGC